AUGGAGACAUUGCUGAGUCUGUUCCCAUCUACGCUCAGUCCGGAUGUCAACGUCCGACGUGCGUCAGAGCUGGAGCUGCGUCGGAUGGAAGCCCAGCCUGGUAUGCUGGCUGCGUCUGUCCAAAUUGUAGCGUCGUCGGAGGUCGACACGUCCAUCCGUCAGGCCGCAGCGAUUUACGUCAAGAACCGCAUUGCUCGGGCUUGGGAUACAUCGAUCCCGCGUGGCGCGAAUGAGUCCCCGCACGUCUCGGAGGAGGACAAGACCGUCGUCCGUGCUGCGUUGCUCCCUACCAUUGCCUCGGUCCCGCCCACGCUGCGUGUCCAUGUGGCUAGCGCCCUGUACUCUGUGGUGCGCUGUGAUUUCCCUACCCAGUGGCCAUCGUUGCUGGAUGACAUUGUCAAGCUCUUGACGUCGCAGGAAGAGACGCAGAUGUAUGCCGGCGUCCGGGCUUUGGUCGAAGUAGUGCGUGCUUUCCGUUUCACCGAUACGGAUACCAAACUGGAAGAAAUUGUCUCGCGCACGUUCCCACCUCUGCUGCAGACAACGCAGGCGCUUAUUGAUUCCGAGCACGUCGCGCUGCCGGCUGUGGGCGAGAUUGUGUACUAUGCCCUGAAGGCGUACAAGACCAGUAUGAUUAUGGUGCUGACAAAGCACCAGCAGUCUCAUGAGAGUAUUGUGCCAUGGGGUACACUUCUUCUGCGCGUUGUGCAACUGCCUGUGCAGGCAGAGGGUAACGAUGACGAAACGAAGGCCAAGACGCCAUGGUGGAAGGCGAAGAAGUGGGCCUUUUAUUCUCUGAACAAGCUCUUCUCUCGUUACGGUAUUCCAACGCAGCUUCCUCCUAGCCUCAAGUCGUACAAACCCUUUGCGGAGACGUUCCUGAACAACUUUGCACCGGAAAUCCUCAAAGCCUAUCUGCACACCACUGAUGCCAUCGUGUCGCAGAAUCAGUGGGUGAGCCCAGCCGUAGCACGCCACAUUCUUAUGUUCUUUACGGAGAGCAUCAAGCCGAAGUCGAUGUGGAUACAGUUGCGUCCGCACAUGGUCCAAAUUAUCGAGUCGUUUGUGUAUCCUCGUUUGUGCUUCUCGGAUGCGGACGAGGAGCUAUGGGAGUUGGACCCUGUGGACUUUGUGCGUAUGAGCAACGAUCCUCUGGAGGAGCUCGGCACGCCGACUAGUGCUGCUGGCGUGCUCUUGAACACCGCCAUUGCUCGCCGCACCAAGUCGAUGUUUGAGCCGACUUUGGCGUUCAUUACAAAGGUGCUCAAUGCGUACCCUAACCAAUGCACGCCACGCCAGUUUGACGGUGCACUGCGUAUGUGCAUCACGAUCAGUCAGACCAUGGUGCAGAAUGAAGCUGUGCGUGACAGUCUGGAUUCGUUCUUUGUCCAACAUGUGCUUCCGUCGUUGAAGAGUGAACGUCCUUUCCUUCGUUUGCGAGCCUGCGCCAUGGUGCAAACGUUCGACCAGGCCGGCAUGAAAUGGCAAUCCAGCCAGAGUCUUGAGGCUGCUUUCCGUGGUGUCAUGGACUGCAUUAUGGACACGGAGCUGCCCGUGCGUGUCCAGGCGGCUGAGGCUAUGGGCGAAUUGGUCGCUCACGAUGAAGUACACAAUGCGAUUGCGCCCAACGCUGGCCGUCUGAUGCAGGAGCUGCUGAAGCUCUCCGAUGAAACUGAUUUGGAUGUGCUCAUGAUGACGCAGGAAAAGAUUGUCAACAACUUUGCCGAAGAGCUGCUGCCGUUCUCUGUGCAGCUGACGCAGCAAAUGGCGAACAGCUACAUGCGCCUUGUGCAGGACAAUCUAGCUGGCGGCGACCCAAAUGCUGAUGGCGUCCAUGCCUUCAACAUGGAGCAGGGUGAAGAGGACAAGUACUUUGCGGCGCUGGGCUGCUUGAGCACCAUGUACCAAAUGGUCACGACUGCCGAGUCGCGGCCCGAGAUUCUUGCAGAGCUGGAGAAUGUGCUGCUGCCGAUCGUCGCGUACACUAUCGAGACAGAGACGAUCGAUUUGUACGACGACUGUUUCCAGCUCACGGAUGUGUUGACAUACUACCAAAAGCGCAUCUCGCCUGCGAUGUGGAACAUUUUCACGCUGAUGUACAAAUCGUUCAAGUCCUCGGGUAUUGAUUACCUCUCUGAGAUGAUCGGCACAUUCGACAACUGUGCGUCGUAUGGCACGGCGAUGCUGCAAGAAAACGCUGAGUACCGUCACAUGCUUUUGGACAUUUUCCACACGGCCAUGUCCAGCGAUCAACUUGUUGUUGGCGACCGUAUCUCUGCUUGCCAAAUCGCCGAGGUUGUCCUUCUCCUGCUCAAGGGGUAUGUGGACGAAGCCGUGCCUGGUAUCGUCACUACGCUGCUGCCCCACGUGCAGAAGAAUGCCGAAUCACCUUCGUUCCUUCUGCGCAAGUGGGCAACGAUGGUGAUUUUGGAGGCCAUUUAUUACAACCCAACGCUGGCCCUUCAGGUGCUCGAGUCGCAAGGUGCUACGGCUGGGUUCUUUUCGGAGGCUCUGCCUAUGCUGACCAAGUUCCGCCGAGUCCAUGAAUGCAAGGUGGCGAUUGUCUCUCUUCUUUCGCUUCUCUCGCUGGAUCCAGCGUCAAUUCCUGAAGCUAUGAAAAGUGGCUACCCUCACCUAUUCCAGGCUCUGUUGACACAGCUCAAGGUGCUUCCUAAGCUGGUAUCGCAGCGUCAGGAGCUGCACAAGGCGUUGGACGAAGGCUUCGAGCCCGAAGACGACGAUGGCUCGCUGAACGAGCAGCAGCAACAAGAUCUACAACAGGUGUACGAUCUACAGGACACGGAAGAAAAUGGCACGACGCCCAAGGCAGCCUAA